GUGGAAGGGCGGUGACGUCACGCAGAGUUCUGGAAGCUUCUCGAGCCCGAUAAAAGGGCGCCGGCACUAUCACUCCUCCUCAUUUUACCAGCAAGCAGCUCGGAGACGGCGAGCAGCUCAGACAAGACAGAGGAACGUGUACAGCAGCGCAGAAAUGUCUAAGGGACCAGCAGUUGGCAUUGACCUUGGCACCACCUACUCCUGUGUGGGUGUGUUUCAGCAUGGCAAGGUGGAGAUUAUUGCCAAUGACCAGGGCAACAGGACCACGCCCAGCUAUGUUGCUUUCACAGACACCGAGAGGUUGAUUGGUGAUGCUGCCAAAAAUCAAGUGGCCAUGAAUCCAACCAAUACAGUGUUUGAUGCCAAACGACUGAUUGGGCGUAGAUUUGAGGACUCUGUUGUACAGUCUGACAUGAAGCACUGGCCAUUUGAUGUUAUCAGUGAUGGUGGAAAACCAAAGCUCCAAGUUGAAUACAAAGGAGAGACCAAGUCUUUCUUCCCUGAAGAGGUUUCCUCUAUGGUCUUAACAAAGAUGAAGGAGAUUGCAGAAGCUUAUCUUGGCAAGACUGUGUCAAGUGCUGUGAUCACUGUCCCAGCCUACUUCAAUGAUUCCCAGCGCCAGGCUACCAAGGAUGCUGGUACCAUUUCUGGGCUCAACGUACUGCGUAUCAUUAAUGAGCCAACUGCUGCAGCCAUUGCCUAUGGAUUGGACAAAAAGGUUGGAGCAGAAAGGAAUGUGUUGAUCUUUGAUCUCGGUGGUGGCACUUUUGAUGUGUCCAUCCUGACCAUUGAAGAUGGAAUCUUUGAAGUAAAGUCAACAGCUGGUGACACCCAUCUGGGUGGUGAAGACUUUGAUAACAGAAUGGUGAAUCACUUUGUAGCCGAAUUCAAGAGAAAGCACAAGAAGGACAUCAUUGAUAACAAAAGAGCUGUUCGCCGUCUCCGCACUGCCUGCGAGCGUGCAAAGCGCACUCUGUCAUCCAGUACCCAGGCUAGCAUAGAAAUUGACUCUCUGUAUGAAGGCAUCGACUUCUACACUUCAAUCACCAGAGCUCGCUUUGAAGAAUUGAAUGCUGAUCUCUUCAGAGGAACCCUGGAUCCAGUAGAGAAGUCUCUUCGUGACGCUAAGCUUGACAAGUCACAAAUCCAUGACAUUGUGUUGGUUGGUGGGUCCACGCGUAUCCCCAAGAUUCAGAAGCUCCUUCAGGACUUCUUCAAUGGAAAGGAACUGAACAAGAGUAUCAACCCUGAUGAAGCUGUAGCCUAUGGUGCAGCUGUUCAGGCCGCCAUCUUGUCUGGAGACAAAUCUGAGAACGUGCAGGACCUCCUUCUGCUUGAUGUCACUCCUCUGUCUCUGGGAAUUGAGACUGCUGGUGGAGUCAUGACUGUCCUGAUCAAGCGUAACACGACCAUUCCCACAAAGCAGACACAGACCUUCACUACAUAUUCUGACAACCAGCCAGGUGUCUUGAUUCAGGUAUAUGAAGGUGAGAGGGCCAUGACCAAGGACAAUAACCUACUGGGCAAGUUUGAGCUAACUGGCAUUCCUCCAGCUCCUCGUGGCGUUCCUCAGAUUGAGGUGACAUUUGACAUUGAUGCCAAUGGUAUCCUAAACGUGUCUGCUGUGGAUAAGAGCACUGGCAAAGAAAACAAGAUCACCAUUACCAACGACAAAGGUCGUCUCAGCAAGGAAGACAUUGAGCGCAUGGUUCAAGAGGCUGAGAGGUAUAAGGCUGAAGAUGAAAAGCAGAGAGACAAGGUUUCCUCCAAGAACUCUCUGGAAUCCUAUGCCUUCAACAUGAAAGCAACCGUUGAGGAUGAGAAACUCCAAGGAAAGAUCUCAGAUGAGGACAAGCAGAAGAUCCUGGAUAAAUGCAAUGAGAUUAUUGCUUGGCUGGACAAGAACCAGACUGCAGAGAAGGAUGAAUUUGAACAUCAACAGAAGGAACUUGAGAAGGUCUGUAACCCCAUCAUCACUAAGCUGUACCAGAGUGCUGGUGGCAUGCCAGGAGGAAUGCCUGGUGGCUUCCCAGGAGCAGGUGGUGCUCCAUCUGGUGGUGCUUCAUCUGGACCCACAAUUGAGGAGGUCGACUAAACAUUGUCUAGAGAUGCAUUCCUCUAAACUCCUAGGACGCAAUUGUUUUAAUGGCUGUUCCAAUUAAUUCCCAUUAAGUUUACUUUGGGGCAUUAAUACUUGAAUUCACUCCAUCAGACAUGGAACGUCAUUGCACUUUACCUGUACUGUAACAAACUGGUCCAGAGAAAUAAAGUUAUUUAACUGGC